UUCCCUCAACUUGCACUUCCUCUCAGAUUACUGUUAGUCGUCUCCACCCAGAUUUAGAGAAAAAGAAACUAGAACCUAGAAACAUACAGAGACAUUCAAGGAGUGCAAGUAUCCAGCCAUGGCCCAAGAGGAACCAGGGUGCUCUAACCCAGUUCCCAAUGGUGACUGUCCGAUGAUAGAAAAGAUGGAAAAAAGGACAUGUGCCCUCUGCCCUGAAGGCUAUGAGUGGAGUCAGAUAUAUUUUGCGCCAUCAGCAAAUAUAGCUGCUCAUGAAAACUGUUUGCUGUAUUCAUCAGGACUGGUGGAGUGUGAGGCUCAUGAGCCACCUAAUGCAGCUAGAAACUUUGAUGUCAAAUCAGUAAAGAAAGAGAUCCGGAGAGGAAGAAGAUUGAAAUGCUCAUUUUGUAAUAACAAAGGAGCCACCGUGGGAUGUGAUUUACAGUCCUGUGCCAAGAAUUACCACUUACUCUGUGCCAAGGAAGAUCAUGCAAUUCUCCAAGUUGAUGAAGAUCAUGGAACUUAUAAAUUAUUUUGCCAUCAACAUGCUCCAGAGGUUCAAGAACCCACACGACGUUAUGCAGUUGUCAAAGCUACUUUUCUUAAGAAAUGCCGGGAAGGGGGACUUCUUAAUGAAUUAUCUGAAAAGAUACUAGAAAAAAUGGAUUCAAUUCUUGGAAGACUCAUGAAUGAGACUGCCUCAGAGUCAGACUAUGAAGGGAUCCAGACCUUACUGUUUGAGAGUGGGCUCUUUGAAGACACAUUAAUACAAUUCCAAGAAGUAAUCAAGGGCAAAGCUUGUGAAUAUAAAGAAAGGCACAGGAAGAUGAAGCAGCAGCUUGAGGCACUUGCAGACUUACAACACAUCUUGUGUUCAUUUCAAGAAAAUGGGGACCUGGAUCACUCAAGCUCUACUUAAGGAUCUUUCCUACCUCCUGAGGACCAUCAGUAAAAGCUGUUCCUCAGAUCAACUGGAUCAGACCUCCAUGUUCUCCAAGGAGCGAGGAAGUCUUUCUACCUACCCUACCCACCCCAGUCAAGGGCAGCAACACCAGAGCCUUUGUUCAUCUCCAGUCAAGGACAGCAACACCAGAGCCUUUGUUCAUCCUUUUGUGGGAUCUUAGAGCUUUCUCUUGCCUCCUUUGCUCCUGCAGAAAGUCGCAUCAUGGUCUCCUUUCAAUCAAAAUAGAGCAGACUCAUUCCUGUGCAUAGUUCACUGUUACCACUGUUACCCUGUUUUCUGCUCAGUACUGUAUUGCCAAUAUUUAGCACACUUAAUAAAUGCUUGUCAAAAACAC